AACUCUGAGAGAGUUUUUUUUGGCCAACAGCGAGAAGUCGUUGCUGUCUCUUUAAAAGGGCAGGCGCCAGUUUUAUAGCCGCUACAGAGCCGCAGCUUCACGUUAAACAUACAUAGACGUUUUAACGUCUUUUAAUAGUUUUAGAAGAUGUCACGGGUGCUUAUAGUCGGGGCUGGACUCACGGGCAGUCUGUGUGCCUGUCUGCUGCGGCGGGAGCUGGCAGACAGGGUACAGAUAGUGGUGUGGGAGAAGUCCCGGGGAGCAGGAGGAAGAAUGUCUACAAGCAGAAGUCCCAGCAAUAUGUCCUGCACAGCUGAUCUCGGGGCUCAGUACAUCACUUCUACACCAUAUUACUCCAAAAUUCACAAAAGCUUCUAUGAAGAACUACUACAGCAUGAUAUUUUAAAACCACUGGAGGCCACAAUGGAGGGCAUGAUGUUAAAAGAUGAAGCCAGCAUCAACUAUGUGACUCCUUCUGGAAUGUCCUCCAUCGUCAAACACUACCUCAGAGAGUCAGCAGGAGCAGAGGUGUUCUUCGGCCAUCACGUCACCCACGUGUCGCGCAGAGGGUCUGGCUGGGAGGUGUGCCGGAAAGAGGGUGUGCCUGAGCAGUUUGAUGUGGUGGUUUUGACCAUGCCCGUCCCACAGAUACUACAAUUACAAGGAGACAUCGGCUCCUUGCUGAAGGACAGUGAGAGGCAGAAGCUGGAGGCUGUCAGUUACUCCUCUCGCUUCGCUCUGGGACUCUUCUACAAAGCCGGCGUGCAGAUCAGCGUCCCCUGGGCGGCCAAGUACGUCUCCAAUAAUCCCUGCAUUCGCUACAUCGCUAUAGACGAUAAAAAGCGCAAUUUAGUGUCAGAUAAAUUUGGCCCUUCUGUAGUGGUGCACACCUCUGUGCCCUUUGGUCUGCAGCACGUGGAGAAGACACUGGAGGAGAUGCAGCCUGUAAUCCUGCAGGAGCUCCAGAAACUGAUGCCUGAACUCCCCGAGCCGGAAAACAUCAAGUGCCAGAAAUGGAGGUACUCUCAGGUGACGGGAUCGGUGGCUGACUGCCCGGGGCAAAUCACGCUGCUCUCCGAGCCUCUGCUGGUGUGUGGGGGCGACGCCUUCACACACUCCAAUUUCGACGGCUGCGUCGAGUCUGCCCUGAAGGUCUUCCAGGUUCUGAAGUCGUCCCUCUGAAGCUGGUAUUUUCAACAAAAAAAAUAUCGCCUUGAGGAACCAGCAGUACAGACGAAGCCCCGCCCACUUCCUGAAGCACGUACGUAACCAUUGUACGAAGCAGAGCCGCACUUAUUUUCUCAUUCACAGGGGCCGAGCAGACUCGUUUUUGUUUCAAAACCAAUUACACUGUCUGCUCCAGAUUCGGGGGAUUAAGAAGAAGACUGAAUGAAGUGUGAAGUAUGAGUAGCGGGGGGAAAAAAGGCUGAUCCCUUAAAUUGGUGUUAUAUAGGGCAGCGCUGAGCUCUACGAAUAGGCCUUAAGCCACGUCUCCUGUUAACAAGCUGUAAACGGUAACUGUACUGUAUGUGUGUACUAUAAUUGUGCUCAUGUGUUUUUGUUUUAAUAAUAAAAAUAAAUAAAGAUAAAGAUAAAAAAAAA